AUGUCAUUGGAAAGAUCGAAUAUCAAUCCGAUACCCAGGGUUGACAUACCUAAAGAAAAGUCUGACUACCGUGGCAUAAAUAUCACUCCGCUUAUAGCCAGGGCGUUUGAGAAAUAGAGAAUAAUACAUGGUCGCUUGGAGAUAUGGAAUUUAUCUUCGAGUGUUCACAUCGAUAUCGAACGAGGGGGGGUAGCGAACGAGUGAGAUAUCGAAUGUGAACACGAGAAGAUAAAUUCCAUAUCUCCAAGCGUCCAUGUAUUAUUCUGUUUAUUAUAUAAACAUACUGAUGACGGCGUUUCUGAUGAUUUUCCGUAGAUUUCCGACCACCUUCCGAAGAUUUCCGAAGAUUUUUCAAAUUGUCCCGAAGGCCAGACGAACGUUCCCGAACAUUUUCCGAGAAUUUCCGAAAAUUUCCGAAGAUGUCCGAAGAUUGCCGAGCACUUUCGAGGAAGACCCGAAGAUGUUUCGAUGAUACACCAACGAAUUUAAGUACAAUUUAAGAGAGAAACCUGAUGUCAGUAAAAUUAUCGAUAUCUUCACAUGUAAAUAUCGUAUUUUUACGUGUGUUCAGAUACCACAUUUCUCGGUGGUAGAAAUCCUUGUUAAACACUGUAGUUUAUAUAAUAAAGCUGUUUAUAACACCUUUGGGAAGGAGGCUGUGGAGGAAAAUCUGAGCACCACACGAUUGCUUACCAUGAAAGUGGAAAUUGCACUAGUGCACUGUUAG